GAAUCUGAAACAAAGACUGAUUCUCGCGAUUUCCACGAAUCGUAGUAGUAAACCCGAAUGCUGAAUAAGAGCUGAGCUCUUUUUCCUGGCGAAACGUGAGCUGAUCCAAAACACAAACAGAAAGAGGAUUUUUCGGAGAUAUUGGACGAAUUAUAGAGAUAUAACAAGAGGAACAUGGACACAUACAGCAUCGUCGACUAUUAUGCGUACCAAACGCAGCGGGAGUGCGGUUAUUGCAAUAGACCAAACACCAAUUGUAAUCACGGUAUGUGGGCACAGCUUUUGUCGGUGCAGGAUUAUCAGAAUUUGAUUGAUAGAGGAUGGCGUCGAAGUGGAUGUUACUGCUACAAGCCUACAUUGGAUAAAACCUGCUGUCCUAUGUACACGAUAAGAUGCGAGGCUCUUGAUUUCAAAAUAACUAAAUCUCAAAAGAAAAUCCUCAAGAGAAUGGGCAAGUUCUUAAGGAACGAACUGCCUUUAGAUAAAAUAACCAAUGAUUCUAUUAUAGAUACACCCGAUAACAUAGAUACAAACAACUUGGAAGCGAGAAUUUUUGAGGACCAUCGUUUGAGAGCAGAGGAAAACAUUUCCCAAAUGAAAGUGGAGAGUAUGGAAGGCAAGAUCGAGAAUCGGUUGGGAAUUUGUCAGGAAGAAGAGUUGUCCAAUCAGUCGAGACAAGAUUUGAGUACCCAGAAAGUCGAUGUACCAUUUUUGGAAAAAAAAAGCAGCACGACCCAUGAAGAGAGUAGCACAGGACGUAAAACACUUCAAGAUCCUAGCAAACCACCACCCAAAAAAGCGAAGCUUAUGAGGGUGGAGAGAAAAAAAAAGAAACUUUUGGCACAGGGAAAAUCCCCUGAAGACAUUGAUAUUCUCUUCAAAAGUAACAAGCAAAUUAUUGUUAAGAGCGUGGAAGAUUUGUACGAUGAGAUUCAUGGUGGCGUUAAGAAGCUAGAGACAAAAUUGGUGCGAGUCAUGUCGGACGAGUUCCUCGAGACUCUCGAUGUUAGUGCGAGCUUGUACAAAAAAUAUCAAAUGGCAAUUCACAAAAAUGAACCUGAGGAGUGCAGUAAACAAUUUUUUUUCAACUUCUUAGUCAAAAGCCCGUUACAACCGUACAAGCCCGAAAACGGACCGCCCCAAGGAUACGGGUCCUUUCACGAACAGUAUUGGCUCGACGGUAAAUUGAUAGCUGUCGCGGUUAUCGACGUUUUGCCAAUUUCCGUUUCGAGCGUAUACUUUUUUUACGAUCCAGAAUACUCGUUUUUGUCCCUUGGAACAUUUAGUUCCCUUCGAGAGAUUUGUCUGACGAGACAAUUAAACAAAUUGGCAUCCGCGCUGAAAUAUUACUACAUGGGAUUCUACAUUCAUUCGAACGUGAAAAUGCGUUACAAGGCAAAAAUAAGACCUUCGAAAUUGCUCUGUCCGGAGACUUACGUAUGGUGCGAUAUUGAUCGUUCGAUUGCGAAGCUCGACAAGGAAAAAUACAGCAGGCUAAACGAGGACAUUGACGCGAUCGACAUCGACGGCAUCGUGGAUAUUGAAAAAGUAAAAAUAUUGAGUAGCAAUGGAGUGAUGAAGUACAGAUCGUACGAGCAUCGAAGCGAGGAAGAGGACGAGUCGGUGCGCGAAUACGCGAAACUUGUGGGCAUGAAGUGUGCUCAAAAUAUGAUACUUUAUCGCAAAUAAGCGGAGGGUCAUCUCAAAGUCGUUCUCCGGAAGAAGGAUUAUUGAAACAUUGUAGCAGCCUGCGAGAUUGUUUUUAAAGAUUCUUUUCCUCACGUUGAGAUAAAUAGAAUGACGAAAAAGAAGGGAAUUGAAGAAA